UUUAAAUAAAGGUAAGUCUGAAUAGAGAAUUUUUUUGUAGAUAGAAACUGUAUUUUGUACUUCCUUAGAGGUCAAUACCAAUGCGGUGAUUUUGGAGCAGCCAAGCACUAGUGGGCUUCAAAAGAAGGUUAACUCUAAAGCAGGUAAGCAUAUUAAAACAUUUUUUACUACCUUUAUGAAUUAAUGAUCUCUUUUUAAUAACAAUUUACCCCCUCGAUGCGAUUCAAUUUUUUAUUUAAAAAAAUACAUAUAUAAUAUACAUUACUUGAGUUAUUAUUACAUACAUACCUACCCAUGUACAUAAAUUAAAUUUUUAGACUAUAUGGAUAAUUGUACUGAUGAAAGUGUUAUAUCAGGCAGCGAAUAUUCCCCUUCCAGUGAAGAAGAUUCAGAAGAGGAUUCUGAUAACUCAAAUAUUUCUUAUUCGACGAGUCUCAUAAACAAAUAUCCGGAUGUUGAUAGAGUCAAACGUAAAAUGUUUCCGGAUAACCAAAAAAUUAAAAAGGUUCCGACAAGCAGCAGGGAAACCCCGGAUAGGAUUGACGUCAUUGACGAAGUGCAGGAGGAAAUACCUCGGGAAAUACGUAUAGAAGACCAUAACCAGCAAUUCCAUGUUACUGCCGAUGGAAUAAGUAAAAGAGAAAUUGUUAAACCAGUUUUAAAAAUAACUAAAAAAAGAGUCCGGAAACCUGAUAAUUGGAAACGAAAUAAAGCGGCAAAGUUAAGACAACAAGGUAAAGAAUAUAUUUCUCAAAAGACUGGUAAAGUGAUGGAAGCAAAAACAAUUAAAAGAGAUUUUCUGUGUAAAGAAAAAUGUAGAAUAAACUGUACUGAGAAAUUUAGUAUUGCAAGCAGAGAAGAAAUUCUAAGAAAAUUUUAUAAGCUAGAUACAAAUUCCAAAAAUAUUUUAAUUUUUAAAAGUAUUAAGAUGCAGGAAGUUAAUCGUCACCGCCCUCGUAAAAAUAUAAAAACGAAAGCUUACAGCUUUAAAUAUUUUAUUACGUGUGAUAAAGAAAAUACACUAGUGUGUAAAGAUGCUUUCUGCUCUUUAUACCGAAUUGGACGAAAAAAAGUCUUUAAAGCUCAAAAUGACUUAAAAUCUGGCCAGGUAAUGCCCUCACCACAUAAGCAAGGGCAUCACAAAAAUCCAAAAAAAAUAUCCGAUGAAGUAAUAAACUGCAUUGAAAAUCAUAUCAAGCAGUUUCCUUCAGAAGAAUCACAUUAUUCUAGGACUAAAAACCCACAUAAAAAAUACCUUUCCCCUUUACUAAAUAUUAACCGACUUCAUCAACUGUAUAUAGAGGAUUGUCAAACAAAAAAGCUCGAAACUAAAUAUUUCGUAAAGGCCUCUUUUUACAGACAUAUAUUUGAAACAAGGUUUAACUUAUCUUUUGGUGUACCAAAAAGUGAUACUUGCAGUUUAUGCGAUGCUGGAGAGAACUCUUUAGAGCACUCGAAUAAUUUUCAACUUGCUUUUGCGCAGCAGAAAGUUGAUUGCGAAGCAGUAAAAAUGUCCAAAGAAAAAUGUUACAUAACAAUGGAUCUUCAACAAACGAUGCCUUUGCCAAAGCUAUCAACGUCAAAAUCUUUUUAUUUAAGACAAAUGUGGCUAUACAACUUUGGAGUCCACUGUUUAACCAGUUCUGGUCAUAAGUCCUAUUUUUUUACAUGGACUGCUGUUUGCUACGAUUUUGUCUGCUUCUUAAAGAAGAAAAUCCCCAAAUUGAUCAUUUAAUAAUUUGGUCAGAUCAAUGUGGGGGACAAAACAAAAACUUCUCCAUUAUUAACCUUUUUCAAUACCUAAUAUUAAAUAAAAUAUUUAAGAUCAUUGACCAUACAUUUCCCGAAGUUGGUCACAGUUACCUUGACUCUGACAGAGACUUUGGAAGAAUAGAAAAGGUUCUUAGAAAACAUCAGAAUAUUUAUAUACCAGACCAAUAUCGGGAAAUUAUUAGAUCUGCGAGUACCAAACAAAGUGUAUGCCUUAACAUGGAACAUUUUUUUUAUUGCUUUGAAACUCUACCUGCAAAACUUCAUUUAAACAAAAGACUCACUAAUAGUCUUGACCAAAAAAUAAAUUUUCGAGAUAAAGUGAAGUGGCUAAGAGUAAGUUGUUUUGGAAAAUACUUUUACAAAACUAGUUUGAUAGUACAAAGUAAUCAAGUUGUUUUACAAAAGUUACCUAAAUGCGGUGGUUUGACUUCUGAAAAAAUUUCAAAUCUACAAGAUCAACUUAAGUUUAUUCCAGCAGAGUAUAAAUGGUAUUAUGAUAUUGUUUUAGAAGAAUGUUUUAAAAACCCUAAGAAAAAACGUAAUUCAUGUUAAAUUUAAAUGUUUUUGUGUCUUUGUUUAUAAAUUUUUAAUGUAUCUUACUUUGCUUUUGUUAAUCUGCAAAUAAAAUUUAAUUUCCAGAUUAUUUAAUAGUUUUUUUUAUUAUUUUUAAAAAUUUAAAUACAACAUAGGUGACAUAACACCUUUCUCCACUCAAGUUUAUACCAACAUCUGCAUAAAAUGUUGGUUGAUUAAGGUGCUAUGUCCAUUAAAAUUAAAAUUACUAAAAAAGUAUAAAUUCUAGAAAAACAAAAAAUAUUAUAUAAAAAAGUACAAAACGAUUCUAAUCUAAUAAGAUAUUGGUAAUUUUUAUAAAAUUUAUUAAAAAAAAUAUAUAAGUGAAAACGCGUUUCCUUCAAUUACUCAAUAUCUGAAAAAGUGGACAUAGCACCUUUAUCAACUCAUGUCUUCAAAUGU